GCCAGCUACCAUAAUAAAAAGGUCCUUGAUCCAUAAGAUUAUUAUUAUAUAUCCUUCUCCUUCCUCCACCCCAGAUCCCAGAUCGUACCAAUAUUGUUGGACUUUCCUACGAAGCCUCACGUCAACCACUUGACCAGGAUGAUAUAGUUGUGGGUGCCUUCGUUUCCUUGCCUUUUGGCAGUCCUACCUCUGUGGCACCUCCGUUUGCCCGAUCCGUACCCAUCGAUCUUCCCACGAUAUCGAAAAAUCUGGAACCUGUGUUUGCCGGCUUGUGUCAAUAAAGAAUGACCGUUCUCACGAGAAGUUUGAGAAAAGCCGCCCGGAUCAUACUCAUUGGCGCUCCUGGCGUUGGAAAAGGGACUCAAACCGAGAGACUGAUCAAGAGAUACCCCCAACUCGCCUCCAUCAGCUCAGGGGAUCUGCUUCGAGACCAUGUUCGCAAUAGAACACCCUUAGGUAUCCAAGCGGAGGCCGCUAUCCAAGCAGGAAGUCUCGUUCCAGAUGCGAUGAUACUGGACCUAAUAUCAUCAGAGCUUGCCUCGAAGGGCUGGCUUUCUAAACCCGCUCCAGGAUCGUCAUCGCCCACAGCGGCGGCAAGCCUGGAUCCUUCCGCUUCCUUUAUCCUCGACGGAUUCCCACGCACAGCCAUCCAAGCAUCCAGCCUAGAAAGCCUAGUCCCCAUCAACCUUGUCGUGCAACUCCUUACACCUCCUGCCGUCAUUCUCUCCCGGAUCGCGUCCCGAUGGGUUCAUCCGGCUUCGGGACGGGUAUAUAACACAGAAUUCAAUGCACCAAAAGUCCCUGGAAAAGAUGAUAUAACAGGAGAGGCAUUGGUUCAGAGGCAGGAUGAUUCAACCGAUGUUUGGAAGGAGAGGUUCAAGAAGUUUGAAGAAACUAGCCAAUCGCUACUUGACCACUAUGAAAAGCAAGGAUGCUUGUGGCGGGUUGAGGGUAACUCAAGCGAUGAAAUCAGCCCCAAGCUUUUUGCUGAGGUUGAAAGAAGGUUCGGUUAAUGGGACCUGUCUCGGCCAUGAAAUAAUUAAAGAUUAUAUCCUCUUAUCUAGAUUACCCAGCCACAGCGCGGUAUCUGUUAGCACUGGUGUUUAAUUAGAGCUAUUGGCUCCCUGUUUGCCUUUUGGCUAUGUACAGUACAUAGGGCACUCCAAC